AUGUUGGGUCUUGAUUCAUUACCGCCAGAAUUAUUAAUUGUGAUAUUUCGCCUUGUCAAAGAUAGGUCCAAGUUAAUUCACCUCCGCCAAUUGUUAUAUCGCAAUGAAUUCAUUAUCAGGUGUAUCGAUGUGAACCUUUUUGAAAGUGUGGAGUUCGUUUCUUUUCAUAAUAUUGACCCUGUUGACAUUAUAGAAUGCAGAAUUGGAAAUGGGCAUAACCCACAAAUUCAAAUCAGGAUCUCUCAGAAUGAUUCUACUAGGGAAAUUAUUCAAUUGAACUUCAGAGAAGUAAAGAAGCUUCUAUCAAUAAGAGCCUGUAUCAGAGGCUUGUGGUUAACUUCAAACCAUCUUUUUCAUGAUAAUCAUGUUAACUUUGCCUUCUUGGACAUGGAGUACCACCAGCUCAUGACUUUUGUGAACAGUAUACCUUCUUUAAAUUCAAUUAAUACAGAUUUUGGGUAUCCGAUUUUUCUUCCAGUAAAAAAAUUGACAUUAUACGAUUGCGUUACUCGGUUUUUGUUUAACGUCGAGAGAAUAGAAAAUCUCCAAAUUGCUUAUUCAAUUCUUUCUUCACCUCCUUUCAGACUCGAGAAUAUUCACUUUCCAAGAUUGAAAACUCUAAUAACAGAAAAUAUAAUCUCAAUAUUUGAUGGCUUGCAUUGGCAGGGGUCACCAGAGUUGAGUAUGGUUUGUAUCAACAAUUUCGAUGACGUGGUGUUGAAAAAUUUGACUGAAGAAUUCUUGCCAACUCUAGUGAAGUUAACCGUAAAACACGUUGACAUUAUCGAAGGCCCAAUAAACAUUCCAAAAGUACAAGAACUCAGGCUAUGGAAUGUCAAAUAUCAUGAAAUAUAUGGCCUUCACAGAUGCUUUGAGUUAAAGAUUCUUAAACUUGAAGAGGUUGGAUUAUUAGAAAUUCCUGAUCUUGAAGUAUUUGUGAAUUUGGAAAAACUUCUUUUACCUAAGAAUCAUAUUAUUGAGAUGAAAAACCUUGGGCUGGCUGAAAAGUUGAAGGUUUUAAAUUUGUCAGGCAAUAAUAUUAUAAUAAUUCAGAAUGUUGAAAAUUUGCCAAAUUUAUCAAAGCUUGACUUAUCAGUGAAUGUAAUUCGCAAGAUAGAGUCCCUUGAUAAGUUAAGCGGUUUGAAAACUCUUUAUUUAGGUUGUAACGAGAUCAAAAAGAUUGAAGGUCUUGAAAGUUUAAAGCAAUUAGAAGCUCUUGAUCUUAACACUAACUGCGUGGAGAUUCUUGAAAAUCUUGACGAGUUACUGAACAUUCAGGAAUUGAAUUUGUAUGGCAACAGGUUAUACAGGAUUCAAAAUAUCUCAAAGUUAACUAAUUUGAGGAAACUUGAUUUGAGUGAUAAUAGGAUAAAGAAAAUUGAGAACUUGGAUUUUUUGACAGGAAUGGUGGAUUUGUAUUUAAUGAAAAAUAAGUUAACAAUCCUUGAGAACGUCAACAAUUUGCGGAAUUUAAAUAGAAUACUUUUAUCAAAUAACAACAUCACGAAAAUUGAGAAUCUUGAUAAUUGUACGAAAUUGACCACUUUGGGUUUGAAUGGGAAUUUUAUAUCUAAGAUUGAAAACCUCGAUAAAUUGAAUGAUUUGAUAUACCUUGAUCUAUCAAAAAAUCAAAUCACUAUAAUGGAAAACUUGUCACACUUGAAAUGCUUGAAGUAUUUGUUCUUGAAUCAUAACAAGCUUGGCAAAAUCGAAGGAAUUAAUUCCUUAGCGAGUUUGGAAAUUCUCAAUUUAUCAUGUAAUAACAUCAAGCUUAUUGAAAACAUUUUUGGCUUGAUGAAUCUUAGAGAAAUAUCUUUGCAAAAUAAUCAAUUACAAUUGGGCUACGAGAUUCCCUGA